AUGGCGACGAUGAUCUCCAAUCUUCCAAGGGAUUUGAUAGAGGAGAUUUUUUCUAGGGUUCCCUUGACAUCUAUGAAAGCAGUGAGAUUAACUUGCAAAAGUUGGAACAAUUUAUCUAAAAGUGAGAGCUUUACGAAGGUGCACAUUGGUAGAGCAGCAACAAGAGAAGAGAAGACUAUGAUAGUCGAUGUGAUGCCUCACAAACUUAAUUUAAUGAGUAUUGUCAUCGACGACGUUACUCCAUCUGCAGAGUUUAAAGGUCAGUUUAGUUUACUUCACAAGAACUACCGUAUAAAUCAAGUCUUACACUAUGAGGGUUUGUUGUUAUGCAUUAUGAAAGAUCCUACUAGGAUUGUGGUUUGGAAUCCGUAUUUGGGACAAACAAGGUGGAUCCAACUCAGGUAUUUUCACCGUCCACAUGGAAUAGACCAUUUCAGAUAUGCUCUCGGAUACGCGGAUAAGGAAUCUUGUAGUAGCCUUAAAUUCUUAAGGUUUUUAGAUUAUUUCUACAAAGCACCCGAAGAGGAAUUUUUUUGGUAUGAAAUCUACGAUUUUGACUCUGGUUUAUGGACAACUCUUAAUGUCACUCCACACUGGGGUAUUUAUUCGACUUGCCCUUGUGUUUCCCUUAAGGGAAACACUUACUGGCCUGCUAAAGAAAGGAGCACACAAGGUUUCCAAGAUUAUAUAAUCCGUUUCGAUUUUACAAGAGAGAGAUUUGGACCCCUUCUAGCUCUGCCUACGGAUCGUGAAUCUUCAUUUGUGAGUUUAUCUUGUGUUAAAGAAGAGAAGCUUGCAGCUUUAUUUAAGCACCGGCUGCACCAUGAUUCAUACGAAUAUGAGUUUGAGAUAUGGAUUACGACUAAGAUUGAGGUCGAAAUGGUUUCGUGGAGCAAGUUCUUGAGAAUGGAUAUGAGACCUAAGAUGGAGCUUCCACUUACUUUCUACAUUGACGAAGAGAAGAAAGUUUUCAUGGGAUUUGAUCAUGGAGAAUAUCCCAAGUUAUUAUUUCUUAACGUCGUUGGAGAGACUGGAUUCUUAAGAAAAUUCGAGAAUAUCCAAUACCGUUCGCCAUGCUCUUAUGUUCCAAGUUUGGUCCAAGUCAAGAAACUUGCACGAGACAGACUGAGAAAACAACGUAGUUUAGAAAACCGUCGAUUUGCUCAAAACAUUUUGAGACUUGCGCGCAAUGGAAAAAGCUAA